AAUCAAUUUAGGGAACAAUCCAUAAAAGGAGCUUUACAGCUGUGGAUUUAGGCUGGAGCUAGCACUUUAAAAGCUGGCACCUCUCCACACUGCCAAAGAUUACAGCUGGUUCAUUGAGCUUAGUGUCUGUAAUUGGCUAUCCAAUACUCCAAUACUAAAACCCAAUAGAGAAUCUAUGGUAUUGUCAAGCCUAGGAAGAUGAGAGGGACCAAUGUUAACAUUCAGCAUUGCAGUAAUUUAUGAAAAAGAUCCAAACCACUAUCGAAUGCAUUGGGGAAAAACAUACUUAGUAUUUUUUGUUCAAAAUACUGCUUUUAAAUUGAUCUUCAGUAUUCCAAUUUUCUGAGACGUAAUUUGUGGGUUUUAAAGGAUAAAAUAAUCAACUUGCAAGAAACAGUGAAAAUUUUGAGACGAUAAAAAAAAAGCAUCCAAAAUGUAGCAGAUUUUGACAUCAAACGCAAUUUCUGCCAGAUUUGGGAUAAGACAUACCCACCGUGGUCCCGCCCGUUUUUUAAUAGUCACGUGACGAGUGUCGCCCAGGUUGUGUCGAAAGCAUCCUGCUAUUAGCACUUAGCUAGCAGCUGACCUACCCUCAAAUAAUAUGCAGAUCCUCAAACAAAUAGAAGAAACGUGAACGUUGCUCUUGCGGAGGCAGAGAAAAGGAACUCCCUCACCAGUAUGGCUUUUUCUGCUGACAUCCGAGGAGGUUAUUUAUCAAUACACUAGCCCCGGCUAACGCUUCAAAGUUUGACGGACAACAAGAGCCAUUUGCUAGCUACAAUUUCUCUUGUCAAUGUACUACUACUUCCCACGACAGAUCGUCAUGUGGGAACGAGUUGACAUAUCUUAACGAUUAACGCGAUCGAGUUGUACACGCCUGUGGAUUAAUACUGAUUAUUUGAUCAAAUCGACGCUAGCCUGAAUGCGAGUAAAUGUACACUGAUAACUCUUUAGCAAUGAACGCUAACGCUGUUGCCUGAACUUAAGUGUUACUCAUACGUUAUUACGCUUUUUUGAAAGAAAGUAUCAAGUGACACAGUUGAAUUACUGCUGCUUUGUUCAUGAUAAAAACAAACAUCGGGAUGUCAAACACGAGGAUUAACACAAGGGCGACGUGUUUAUGCACAUCUGUCCGUUCAUUUCUAUAAUCCUUGUACUCCCCGCGAUGCAGCGACAUUAAAUCACUCCUAGGUGCGUGGAGUGGAAUAUUGCAAAUAUCAAACAAGUGUCUUACAAUUCAUCUCAGAUAGUUCGUAGAGGAUACUACUCUAGUUGGAGUCAUGUCGGGGGACAUGUCUGAUAGUAGUGAUGACUCCGAUGCACUACCAAAUGAAAAAGCAUGUACCGUCAAGCAUCAGAUCACCAAUGCUAACCUCACUGGACACACUGAGAAGGUCGGCAUGGAGAACUUUGAGCUCCUCAAAGUCUUGGGUACAGGAGCGUAUGGAAAAGUAUUUUUAGUGAGGAAGAAUAGUGGCCAUGAUGCAGGCCAACUAUAUGCGAUGAAGGUGCUAAAGAAAGCGGCAAUUGUUCAGAAGGCCAAGACCACAGAGCAUACGCGUACUGAGCGGCAGGUGCUGGAGAACAUCCGCCAAUCUCCCUUCUUGGUCACACUUCAUUAUGCCUUUCAGACGCAGAGCAAACUGCAUCUCAUCCUGGACUAUGUGAGUGGAGGGGAGAUGUUCACUCAUUUGUAUCAACAAGAUCACUUUUCCGAGGAGGCAGUGCGCAUUUAUAUCGGGGAAACAAUACUUGCUUUGGAGCAUCUGCACAAGCUUGGAAUUGUGUACCGUGACAUUAAAUUGGAAAAUAUUCUCCUGGAUAGUGAAGGUCAUGUUGUAUUGACUGAUUUUGGACUCAGCAAAGAAUUUCUGCAAGAAGACAAGGAACGAACCUACUCUUUUUGUGGUACCAUUGAGUACAUGGCGCCUGAAAUCAUCAGGGGUAAAACGGGUCACGGCAAGUCAGUGGACUGGUGGAGUCUUGGAAUCCUGAUGUUCGAGCUGCUGACAGGAGCAUCUCCAUUUACUUUGGAGGGAGAGAGAAACUCCCAAAGCGAGGUGUCGAAACGUAUUCUACGCUGUGAUCCACCGUUCCCCUCCAUGAUUGGAGCCACUGCUCAGGACUUGCUUAGGAAGCUGUUGGUGAAGGAUCCUCACAAGAGGCUCGGUUCGGGCCCACGGGGUGCAGCAGACAUCAAAAGCCAUGCCUUCUUCAAGGGAUUGAACUGGGAUGAUCUAGCCCAGAAAAAGAUUGCAAGCCCAUUCAAGCCUGAGCUAAAGAGUGAACUCGAUGUAGGUAACUUUGCUGAGGAGUUCACAGGGAUGGAUCCAGUCUAUUCUCCAGCAAGCACACCCCCGAGCACUGACCGCCUCUUCCAGGGCUACUCCUUUAUUGCGCCUUCUAUUCUCUUCAAUAAAAAUGCUGUCAUGGGAGAUUUUUUGGCGUCCGAGAUUCCCGCCGCUGACCGACCAGGUUCUGCCUCUGUCCAACGCAGUGCAAUGUUAGCGGAAUCACAGUUUUUUCUGAACUAUGAGCUGUGUCUUCAAGGGCCACCUUUAGGUGAGGGGAGCUUCUCUGUGUGCAGACAAUGUACACACAAGCAAAGUGGCCUUGAGUAUGCAGUCAAGAUAGUCAGCCGCAGAAUGGAGGUCAACACUCAGAGGGAGAUUGCCGCUUUGAGGCAAUGUGAGGCUCACCCAAACAUAGUCAAGCUUCAUGAUGUUUACACUGAUCAGUACCACACCUACUUAGUUAUGGAGCUUCUCCGUGGUGGCGAGCUGCUUGAAAGGAUCAAGAAGAAGAAACUAUUUGGCGAAGCAGAAGCCAGCCAGCUGCUGCAGAACCUGGUCUCAGCUGUCAGUUUCAUGCACGAGGCUGGUGUAGUGCACCGAGACCUGAAACCGGAGAACGUACUCUUUACAGAUGAGAGCGAGGACUCUGUUCUCAAAGUCAUCGAUUUUGGAUUCGCCCGUCUGUGUCCUGCUGGUAGUGCCCCACUGCAGACGCCGUGUUUCACUCUGCAGUACGCUGCACCCGAACUUUUUGAGAGCGCGGGAUACGACAAAGCCUGUGACCUCUGGAGUCUAGGGGUUAUCCUGUACACCAUGCUGUCAGGCCAGGUGCCGUUCCAGAGCGAGCAGGUGGGGAUGACGUCAUCUUAUGCUGCCGAGAUCAUGCAUAAGAUUAAGGAAGGAGAUUUCUCCUUGGAUGGGGAACCGUGGAAAGGUGUAUCAGAAGAUGCAAAAGAGCUUGUUAAAGGACUACUGACUGUGGAUCCCGAGAGGCGACUCAAGCUCUCUGAUCUGAAAGAGAACAGCUGGCUACAGGGCGGCGCGUCCAUGUCCACUACACCUUUGUGCACUCCGGAUGUGCUGGAGUCCAGUGGGCCCACUGUACGCACUUUUGUGAAUGCCACUUACAAGGCUUUCAACCGUGGUAAGAGAGAGGGCUUCUUUUUAAAAAGCGUUGAUAAUGCCCCCCUUGCAAAGCGGCGGAAACUAAAAAUGACAAGUACAGGUGUAGAGACGAGAUGGAGUUCAUCCUCUUCAUCUUCCUCCUCUUCCACUUCCUCCUCUGCCUCUGCAAAAGGAUCGAAAGAACAGCCAAAGCAAAGUGUGAGCCCCCCAAAACAAAGCUAGCCUUAGUUUAGCAAAUACAGUAAGAAUAUGUCAUGUGGCAAUGCCCAGACAAGUACAAAAAAAAGUACAAAUGAAACCAAGUGUUGUUUUAAUCUUGUGUUGAAUUCCACUGUAUUACAAUGUGACUGAGGAUCAAACUAAAGUCGCCAUGCCACAUUUGUGUUGAGAUAAGAUGCACAGAAAAUCAUUAUAUGGCCUCUAGUAAAUUCUUAAUAUUUGUUUUUUUGUCUACAUACAUCAGUAACUUUUACACAAAGGUUUUAAAAUGGAGAUAUCUGCUGUAUUUUUGCAGUGGGAAAAUAGUGCCUGGCUUAAUAGGGUUAAAGGGAAAAAAGAGCCAUUUUAAGCUGAAGCCAUAGACGCAACAGAUCAGUCAGAAUUGAGCCCCGUGAAUAUUUACUGUGUUGCACAUGGCUGAUGAAAUUAGGAUAUUAUUAAAAAUUUACAAAUUCAUUUUUUACAUUUUUUUUCAGGCAGGCAAAAGUUUGGCUUCUGGAUUUAACAAAUAUGCUUCUUUUUAUGUGCUUUAUUUGUCUUUAGGCUGGUCAAUUAUAUUUUGCACUUAAGAAUGUAAAUGAUCAAAACCAAGCUUUUGAACCAUUAAGAUUGCAUAUAGGACAAGUCACACACUAUUUAAAGAAAAUAAUAAUAAUACGUUUUUGAAGAUGAGAUGUUUGCUUACCGAGUGGAUUAUGUUUGUAAGUGGUGGAUGCAGCUCAAAUAUUUACAUUACAAUUUAGUGUUGGGAGCAUCUACAAAUACCAGAGUGUUGUCCCCUGGAAGCGCAGGCAUUAGGGCAGUUGCGAUUUUACUUGCUGUAAAUGUUUUGCCUUAUGUGCUGUUCUAUUUCAAGCAUGCAUAUAUGUUGUGAUACAAUUACAUAUUUUUCUUUUUCUUAAUUAUGCGUUUUUGAUAUUGUCCUGCCAGAAAAACGCAAACUCAGUCCAUUAAGUAACAGGGUGGCCAUGUUCACCUGAAAUGUUUUUACAGUUCAGAAUUUAGAUGAUCACAUUUUUAAUGAUCAGAAUGAGACACUUAAGUAUGACUUUAAUUUGGAUCCCUGGGAGACUUCCUGUGAGAUCUGCUGUAUAUACUUUUACAAAGACAAAUUAGGUCUGUAAUAAUUGAAACCUUUUUAAAUGGUGUAGAAGUGCCCUUGUGUUUUUACUUUUUACAUGUUGCACAGUCAUUUUAACAAUAAAAUCCAUUUCGGCUUUAAAGGUGCUUUCACUGAUAUUUAUUAUGUGUAAUGGACUUUAAUGCUGUGGUAAUGGGGUGCGUAAUAAAUGGGCUUUUGUGUAUCGGGACUGUGAAUGUGUGUGUAAGAAUGUGUGAGAAUGUUGGAGAUCACUUGUAUUGUCAACAGUGUACCAAAUUACGCAUUACUGUAUGAUUUUGUCCCUUCGGUUGUUUGCUACAUCUGUUUUUGUUUUUUAUUCUGUUCUUAUGAACAUUUCUCUUAAACUGUGUUAAUUGGUGUUGAUAGUAUGUAGUCAGUGGUUUUCAGGAUUCCACUAUCCUGUUUCUUCUUUUUUAUUUUUAACCACAACUUUUGUGUUGCGAUGCACUGUCAUUGAUGUAAAUGGGAUUUAUUUGCACCAUUUGUUUGGCUGCAAAAAUAAAUAAUACUUUUA